GCAGCCGAAAAAAACCCGCUCACCGACUCGUCUAUUUGUAACUGUAUUGGUGUGCACUAAUGUGUACAUAGCUUAUCCAAUCUAUCAUACUGUGCUAUAUAGAAUGUUUUUCGGCAUCACAACAGUUUACAAGUCAUGUGCAUUUUAGACUUAACGGUCUAAUCAAAAAUUCACGCAGCUUUUUUACAGCUAGAGACAUAUUAGUACACUCUUUUGUGGCGAGACCUGGGAUUUGUAUGCAUCCAUUUUGAGUUCACAUGCUGUGUAUAUAGUACGAGUACAUUAUCAUCAUGGGACUCAUUCACUACAUCGCCGUGCUCGUCGGAUUCCUGUUCAUCUUCGCAGGCCUUCUCAAGCUCACACCGAUCGAGCUCGGCAAUGGUUUCAGCCAGUCAGAGAUGAAGACGAUGUUCAAACGUUACCUCUCUGUCCUGCCCGUACAUCACAUGUUUGGGGUUACGAUCACUACGACGAUUUACAGGUCGGCCGUCGGGUUUGCUGAAACCGUCUUCGGGAGCAUGCUAGCAUUCGGACGCUCUUUUUGGAGGGUGAUUGGAGCUUUCUAUCUUCUUAUCAUCAUGAUUGGAGCAUUCCUCACACAUCAGAAGAUUGGUGAUCCCAUUGCAAUGGCGUCGCCUCCUCUCUUUCUUGGUAUUUUACUGUUAAUCAUUCUGCUGAAUCGACGCCAACUGAAUACCAACUAUGGCAGGACUGCCAAGGCAAAAAGCGAUUGAAAUCAGAUUAUGUACUCAUCACUCUUGAGCGUCGUGCGAAUAACUAUAGAAAGCAACUUGUCAAAGCGGUCACACUACAACAAACAUCCAAGAGAACAAUCUUGAGAGACACUCAUCCUAUGUAUUCUCGUCAAAGUUGUAGCAAUAUAUUGUGUAAAUAGUUUGUACUUUCUAUUGGCUAAUGCAACUUUUAGUAAUACAUGUAGUCAAUCUUUCUAAUUGUUAAUCAUCUCUUUUGUUUUGUGUGUGUACAAAUCUAAUAUGAGGGUUUGAAGUCAGCUGACGUCACUAAAUGUUGUGUGUUCACGAGAAUUUGUCUGUUUUUUCUGCUUUUGUAUGAUUUCACGAAUCAUUCAUUGUGAGGACCACAUGCAACCCAAGAACUUCGGUUGUAUGAUUCAUGAAAAAGAAGUAACGAAGAAAAAGUAUAUGAAACAGUCCUUGUUUUAUUUUCAUUCUAAUUAUAGGCAUCAUAUUAUGCAUUCACUGCAGUUCUUAACAAAAGAAUUCAUGUAGAAUAUAAUGAUGACUGGUAGUAACAUCCUUUUGUCUUCUUUGUAUAUGAAGAAUAACUGAAGGUAUAAUAUUAUCUAAGUAAACGAUCAGUAAUUUUUUUUUAUAAUGAUCAUUUCGGUACCAUAUUGGCCCUAUUCAAAUUCGUGCUCGCCAUUUCAUUGUGGACAAAUAUGUCAGCAAAAAA